AAUAAAACAUUUAUGUUUAUUUUAAAGUAGUAAUUGGUCGUAAUGUUACUAGAAUGUAUUUUAUAAUAAGAAUUUGAAAAUUAUACGACGAAUAAAGAUUUAAAUGAAUAUUAAAUGAAUUUAUUGUAUAUUCGUAUGUAGAUUCAAACAAUACGACUUUUCAUACGACUUGAAAGUUAAAUAUUUCUUUAUACAAUAUGAAUAAAUACUUGAAACUUGCAAAAGUGAAUACAAAUUAUGCCAAACAUAUGAAUCGUUUGAGUAAUCGAAUAUUCGGAGAAGUAACAAGAACAGUUAAUUCGAAAUCUAUGAAAGUAGUUAAAUUAUUUAGUGAAAAACCAUUACAAAAACGACCAGAAAUUGUUGAUUAUUAUCCACGACAUUAUGAAACUAAUGAAUUAAUGAAACAUCUUAGAAAUUAUGGAUUAUUCAGAAACGAACAUGAAGAUUUUAAGGAAGAAUUUGAACGUUUAAGAGAAUUUCGUGGAAAAAAGAAAUGGAUUCCACCACCUUUUAGAAAAUAAUCAUUUAUAAAAUUUGCAUAUAUUCAGUGUAUUAUAUAAAAUUGUUAUAUAAAAUAUAUGUUGUAUAAAUAAAUUCAAAUACCAUAUGUGUAAAUAAUAAUAUAAACAUUCCAAAAUAUAAAAUAAUAGAAUAGAUAUAGUUUUUUAGGAUAUAUCAUAAUAUUACAUGAAUAGGAGGAACUUAUUUCUUCAAAAUUAAAUGGUAAUAAUAAUUCAACAUCAUCUAUAUCUACUUGAUUGUU